AUGAAUCCUAAGAAUGAGCACAAACCUGAUCGAGCUUCUUUGCCUGACAUAAAAACAAAACAAGACCAAAAGCAGAAGCCUUCUCUCCAAAAACCUACAACUGACCAGAAAUCUAAACCUGGCAAAGACCCGAAACGAGGCCAAAAUCCAAAACCUGAUCAAAGACCUUCACCUGACAAUUUACCAACUGAUCAAACUCUUGAAAACACUAAAAUACCUAAACGUGAUCAAGAACACAGAACUGAUCCAAACCAGUUACCUAUUCAAAAGCCAAGAUCUCAUCAAAAGCCUGUGCUUCCAGUCCAGAGACCUACAUCUCAACAACGACCUCAAACUGUAAACACAACUGGUUCUGGCAAAGACCCUGUCACAGAGACAGAGCCUGAAUCUGCUGGAAAGCCAAAUAUUAAUCAAAACUCAAAACCUGAGAAAAAGCCGGUUAAUCCCCUGAAAACCGACAAGCCUGACCAAAAGCAGAAACCUCACAAAAAGCCGAAAAGUGAAGAAAAAACUAAACCUGAUCAGUAUUUCACAACUGUUCAAGAGCCUGAACCUGAACGAAGUGAAACAACUAGUCUCACGCCAAAACCACCAAACGAAAUGCCUGUGACAGAAUUACAAGAAAAUUCUGAUAGAAAUCUUUUGUCAGUGCCUAAAACAGCCCAAGACUCAACGCCUGGACAAAGGCUUACACCUGAUCGUGCACCGAUCAAACCCCCUGAUCAAAAACCUAAACCAAACCAGAAAAUCCCCAAAAUAAACAAAGCACCUAAACCAAACCAAAAACAUCCAGAGCUCACAACAGGCCCAAAAACUAAACCAAAUGUGAAGCCUAAACCUGAACAAACACCAAGAACCAAUCAAGGGUUUAAAACACCUUGGCCUGAGCAAAUACCUAAUCUUAACCCCAAAUCUGUGCCGGAUGAAAUCCCUGAAGCAGAGUCCAACAAAACAUCCAGAUCGAAGCCUCCCCCCAGACACAGGCCACCAACCAGGAUGACAGUCAAGCCAGGAGCAACACCUGUUCAAAUGCCAAAACCAGCACUGCAACUAAAGCCAAGUCCAAAGGCCGAAACAGAUUUAGAUCCUCCUCAGAUCAGCAGGACUACGUCAGACGAUAUCCACAAGUCUCAAACUGACAUGCCACCUGCUUCUGACCCUGUAAAACAGAUUUCUGAUGUGACUCAGUCUCCCGGGCACACGGAGGUAAGUCCCAGUAAGAUGAAAACUAUCACUCUGGGUCCAAAGACCUCUGGCAGCCAGGAGACUGGGCCCUUCCCUCGCAUUCAUACUCUCUCUGAAGGCUUCACGACGAGCCCACACAGCAGGCUUACGUCUGAUCUGAGGCCACAAACAGCUGGUCAACCACUAUCGACCCCAAUGACAACAACACCAAACAAAAUCAUGCGUGGGAUUCUCCCGAGUGUUAUCCCUAGCACCAGCCCAGGAUCAACAAAGCCAAAACAAGCUUCUAAUACUGACUCCAGGUUACAAGCUAAGAUACUUCACAAUGUGGAGGAGACAGCACCAAAAGAAACUCCAAAACCAGACAACAUGAUGGUUCCAGUCCCUUCCCCCACUGCCCAAACUACCUCCACAACCAGCCCUGAACUCAGGUCAACAGGCCCUGCCACCUCUGGCCCCGGGCCCCUGGACGCCGAAGCCUCCACUCCCAGUGCACGUGAGCUGCGGGUGAAAAUCAACCAGGUGGCUGCUUUCUUCAAUAACAGCCUGAGUCCAAAUGGAAGUCCACUGGACAGGCGUCCCAAAGAGCACCCAGAGGACAAGCAUGGAGGCAGCAGGCCUGACAGGACGGACACACUGCCAACACUGAUACCACCUAAAGUCACCAUGGCGAGGAGAGACUGCUCCGACCUCCUGCUCAGAGGGGAGACAAAGAGCGGAGUGUACACGGUGACCCCUGACCUCCGCAGCAGGAGCUUCCAGGUCUUCUGUGACAUGGAGCUGGAAGGAGGAGGAUGGACGCUCCUGCAGCGCCGGCAGGACGGCAGCGUGAGCUUCAACCGCACCUGGGCUGAGUACCGAUCCGGCUUCGGGGAGCUGGACGGAGGGGAGUUCUGGCUGGGCAACAAUUUGAUCCACCUGCUGACCCGGGACCGGGACAUAGCGCUGCGGGUGGAGCUGGAGGACUUUGACGGGGUGAUGGAGUACGCAGAGUACGAGCAGUUCAGGGUGGCGAGUGAACGCAUGCGCUACAGACUGACAGUAGGCGGGUACUCGGGUACUGCAGGUGAUGCUCUGCGCUUCAGCAAAACUUACGACCACAACAACAGGGCGUUCACCACCCCGGACCGGGACCACGACCGCUAUCCGUCCGGGAACUGCGGGGCCUACUACAGCUCCGGCUGGUGGUUUGAUGCCUGCAUGGCUGCAAACCUCAACGGGAGAUACUAUGUGGGGAAGUACAAAGGGGUCCGGGAUGGGAUUUUCUGGGGGACGUGGCAUAACAUAUCCACAGAGUAUUACCCCACAAAUGACAGACAGUCUUUUAAAAGAGUCCGGAUGAUGAUCAGACCGAAGGGCUUUGCACCAUGAGUUGACUCUCUGUUAGGGCAUGUUGGGGGGAAUAAACAUAAAAGGGUCUAACUACUAACUUUAACCAUAAGCUCUUCAGAUGCAAUUUAAUAAAAACCCUUAUAUCCACACAGUUAUUAUACACUAUUAACACAAUGCUGCCGCCUUGUGGUGUUUGAUUCUGUAAUACUGAUCUGUUUACAGGAUACUAGGACAAUAACUGAGGAUGUACAUAUAGUUACAAAGGUUAUAGUCCCAAUUACACAGUAUCUCUUUAUAGCCUUAAUAUGCAAUAAGAGUGUUUAAUGACGAGAGAGGGGAAAUCCUCUUGUGAAGAGUUAUUUUCAGUGAAGAUAGAUAGAUAAUCUGACGGGUAACAGAGAGGGAUAUUUUUAUUAUUACAGUACUGGAAAGCCAGCUGAUGGUUGAUUUAAGCUGUUUGGGAUGUUUUAUAAUUAAUAUUGUUUUGUUAAGAUAAAUAAAAUUGAUUGAAUAUCACGGGGUUUUUUGCAUUUGUUUCUCCUUCUUCAUGUUGACAUUAUCUGCAAAGUACAAAAUAACCAAUAAGUUCAAUGUUGAAGUAAAGUUCAAUCAAUUUCCUCUAAGACAUGCGACCUUUCAGUUUUAUAUGACAGAUUUAUGGUUUAACUCUCAUGCAGUAAGAAUAUACACACACACACAUAUAUAUAUAUAAGUAUAUAUAUAUAAGUAUAUAAGUAUAUGUGUGUAUGUAUAUAUUGUCAAUGAGCAAGAAAAUGGUUCAAGACUCAAAUUCCCGACAGCCUUUGCGGCGAGAACGACGUCACCUCUGACUUCCUCACAUCGGCCUGCUGAUU